UAAACAGGGCUCCAGCUAGGAUAUGCAUAGCGGUCAUUACCGCUAAAGAGUAACUCUCCACUCCCCUAAAACACAGGGUAGCUAGGUACCUACUACGUAGCUGGGUACCUAGGUAGGUACUAAACCGCCGACUCUCCGACGCGAAGAUGUAUGUGUGGCCUCGCCCUUGCCUUGCCUUGCUUUCAGACCAGCAUAGCCAGGAAAUUUUAACUUUCGUCAUCGAAUCCAACACGAAAGUAAACCUCUAAUCUAACAAAACCUGCAACGCGAUUGCACUCAAUUAAUAAUGCCAAUUUAAUAUGUCGUUCACUCCACCAAGUUAACGAACCCUCCCUUUCCCUUCUAUCCCAGUCAAUCAAACCCAAUUGCGACAAUGGUGAACCGAAUCCCUAGUACGAAGAUCACUCUAUCUUACCCUCUAUAUUCAUGCGCCUUCGACCCGGUAGAUCCCAACCAGCUCGUCGUCGCAGGAGGCGGCGGUCCUGGACGAAAUGGAGUGGGGAAUAAAAUUACUGUUCUCGACACAUCCAAUCCAACCGAGCUGUCAGAAGUAGCCGAACUCGAACUCAGCCCGAACGAAGACAACGUCACGACCCUUGCUAUCGGCCCUCGAAAAGAUCGAAACCUCACCGUGUUCGCCGGCGUCAACUCGAGCCCGGAGGAGAUAAAGAAGGGGAAGAAUGACCAUUUUCGUAUUUUCGGCAUCAACCAACCCGGUAAGACGGCCAAGACUAGCGGUGUAAGGAUUUGCGAAGUCGCGCGCGAUGCGCUGUUCGUGCAUAAGGACGCCAGCGCCUACCAGAGACUACUUCGACUGUCCCACCCGUACGAAAACCUCCCACAACUAGGCGCUGCCGCAACGGGCCUCUCUAAGGAUCCCGAGAUUGCGCUCUUCGAUGUACCAUGUCAAGGAGGCGGGCGGUGGAAAUCGAGGGGCAGGCUGGAUAUUCCCAAGGAAGCGAUGGACCUGGACGUCGUUCAGACGGGUCCAGACACAUACCAAUUAGCAUACUGCGACGACCACGAGAUCUUCACCGUCGAGGUCUCCAAGACCGAGAUUUCGGAGCCGAAAUGCGUAUACACAAUUACCCCAGAUGAGGGCGCCACAGCCAAGGCAUCAUUUAAAUCUUUGCGCUACCUUACCCCGGGUUUCCUGAUCACUGUGGUCAACAAGCCCAAUUCGCAAGGUGUCGCGCUGCAUGGUUAUCGCCUCCCCGCGAAAGAACAGGAGAAUGCGCGACUUGCGAUUCAAGCGAAAUUGCCCAAGGGCGUCUCCAAGGCCACUGGCCUUGCAGUGAGGAAUUUAUCACCGGCUUCGUCCCCGACAGAUAAACAAGGCGAAACCCAAUUCGUCGUCGCUGUCGCAGGGAAUGAUUCAUCAAUAUCGCUCUUCACAUUAGAACAUAAAUCUGCCGCCAGCGUAGACCUUCUGGCCGACCUAGCACCAUUCCAAGUCCUCAAAGGCGUACACCCCUCCAACAUAACUGGGCUCUCAUUCUCCACCUUCACGCCACCUAAAUCUUCAUCCAAAACCACCGAGCUCUCCGUCAAGUUGGCCAGCGUAGCCGUUGGUUUCACCACAGUCGUGCACAGCAUACCACUCAAGAAGCAAAUUGACAAGUCAGUUCCAGAACGAAAAGGAGGGCCCCCGCGACAAUCGCGCUAUGUCGUCGCGCUCAAAUCGAAGGGCGAAUCACCGGUUACGGUCGCCACGCUUAUAACGAUUAUUAUACUCAUUCUCGCCAUUGUCGGACAGACGUUCCUCGAGGCGAAAGAUAUCGGCAAACCUAUACUCGGCGUCAGGCCCUACCUCCCGAAUUCAUGGACGAAGCCAUUGCGAAAAGUACCCGCAGUGGGCAGCGAGAAGUCAAUUAAGGACCUCUUGUCGGAUGCUAAUGCGCAAAAUAGCCAGCCCCUCGUAGUUCGACAUGAUGAGGCUGGAGAUGCUAAUACUGAAGGAAUACCACCCCUUCACGUCAGCGUUCACGAUGAGGAAGCCCAUGGUCCCGCUACGUCUUGGGAGAAUUUAGAUCCCAAGGAUCAACACCUUUGGAAGCAGAGACUAAAGAAGACGGGCCAUUGGGUGGAAGAUAUGGGCGAGUCUAUCUUUAAAGGAGUUCUAUUCGGCGAGAUUGGCGGUGCUAUUGGGAACAUCGUCGGCGAGGCCUUGUAGAACUUAUGAUAUGUGUAUAUUUAUGUGGUAAAGAGAGGAAAUGAGAAUGAGGUUCGUCGCCCCAUGUCUUGGAUGAUCAAAUCACGAAAGAAAGAAAGAAAACGGUAGUUUGUAUGAUAUGCUCUGUAUAGAAUACACUCGGCUAUUCAAAUAUAUCAACUAAUCACAAUUCAUCUCACAUCUCCAAUUCCUGUAAGGUAUCUCUUCGCCGAGUUAUCCAACGAUUACAAUUUAUCUCACACUGCGAAUCCCCUUAGACGGAACAUGGUAGAUAAGAUCAUUAAGACGAUCCAGCCUAGCGCUUAACCAGAUUCCAUCAGGUAACACAUACGCGGACUUGGGUGACAGUUCUAUUAGUGACAGCAGUACUCGUCACCCACCACUUCCAAGGUGCCCUCGAACAGUACCCCCUUCCACGGUACCUCAAUUACCCAGGUACCUAGCUGAGUCCAAAUCCCGCCCACCCGCACCGUACUACUUCCCGUUCCCCUACUGACGGAAUUCGUGACACUAACCCCGAAGUAUUAUCCCUUCCUUUGGCUUGUCGAAUAGAACUGGAAAACCACACCGACCAUCGACGAUGUGACA